CAAGGCCUGCCCACCGUCGCUCUCAUAUGGAAGAUGGACGACCCUGUCUGGGUCCCUCAGUGGCCGCUAACUGCUGAAAAAAUACAGGCCUUGACUGAAUUAAUACAACAACAGUUGAAACAAGGACAUUUGCGACCGUCCUUUAGUCCCUGGAAUACACCGUGUUUUGUAAAGUACAUCCCAAAUACACCGGUUUCUGUAAUAAAAAAGAAGUCAGGAAAAUGGCGUUUUCUACAUGAUCUUCGCAGAGUCAACAAGGUCAUGAAAACUAUGGGAGCAUUGCAACCAGGGUUACCUUCACCUGCAGCACUUCCCAAAGAACAUCACUUAUUGAUUAUUGACAUCAAAGACUGCUUCUUUUCUAUACCUUUGGCAGAGAAAGACAAGGAACAGUUUGCAUUCUCAGUACCUGAAGUAAACAAUGCCGGACCUGUACAACGUUACGAGUGGACUGUGCUACCGCAGGGAAUGAAGAACUCACCUACCAUAUGUCAAUGGUAUGUCAACCAGGCUUUGCAGCCAUGGAAAAAGCGGCAUCCUUAUCACAUUGUGUAUCACUAUAUGGAUGACAUUUUAAUCUGCUCAAAGAAACCGUUGACAGAAAAUGAAGAAAAGGAUCUUUGCAAUGCUUUACAAAAGUAUGGGCUUUACAUCGCUCCUGAGAAAAUUCAAUGA